CAUUUUAUUCAUUAAAGCAAAUCACUUUUGUUAGUAAGAAGCUGGCGAUACCAUGUUAUCAAUAUCGUUGGAAGCAUUAGCUAUGGCGGGAGUGGAUUACGUGGAGUGGGGAAUGGACGCAGAAGAAUGGGAGCGUCAGCAGCUUCGUCAGCCGCCGCCGCCUCAUUUGCUCGCUGAUGAUCAUGACCUCCAAGAAGAUCAUUCUCCCGCCGCCACGGUGGUCGAAAACGACGCAGGCCAUAACGGAAAUGACGGCGGCGAUGGGAGGCCGAGCACCGACACCGGCGGGGGUGAACUAGGUUUUGGUCACAAAAUCCAGUACUGCUGCUUGAGGUUUAUGAUAACGGUGAUGAUUGUCGCUCGGGGUCCAUGAUUUAUGAUUAUGCACACUAUUAAUCCUCUUCUAACUAAUAAUAACGAUUGUUUUUGUUUUCUUUCCGAACCCUUUGUUUUUUUAUGAUCACCAUUCUUUUGUUGCAAAUUGUAGCUGUAAAUGUGAUGAAUAAUAAUACAGUUUAUUCAUUAGUUUUUAAUAACUCUAGUGGAUACAUGAUUAACUUUUGUAUCCACUACACUUAUUUAUGCGAAGAAACCCUUUGAAACGGAAAAUUCCUAAUGAAACAUCCUGCAGAUUUAGCCAAAUUAACCUUUUGACCACUGAACUACUCGUACUGCUUCAAAAUUCCCAUUUGGUUAACAUAUUGAGAUCGUGGAGCCCACAGAAAAAGGUAUGAGUCAUCCGUAAAGAACAGAUGUGAGAUUACAAGGCAACGAGGGCUAAUAAAAAGAUGAGUAAAGA